GCCACUAGUUCUCUGGUGCUUGUACGGCAAUUAGAGUGCUUGUUUGAGCAGCCACCAAAGAUGUCGGAGAGAAAGGUUUUAAACAAAUACUACCCACCGGAUUUUGACCCGUCAAAGAUCCCCAAACUCAAGCUCCCCAAAGACCGACAGUACGUGGUGCGGUUGAUGGCACCCUUCAACAUGAGGUGCAAGACAUGUGGAGAGUACAUCUACAAGGGAAAGAAGUUUAAUGCUCGGAAGGAGACAGUGCAGAAUGAAGUCUAUCUGGGCCUGCCCAUCUUCCGCUUUUAUAUUAAGUGCACCCGCUGCCUGGCAGAGAUCACGUUCAAGACGGACCCACAAAACACAGACUACACCAUGGAGCAUGGGGCCACACGGAAUUUCCAGGCUGAGAAGCUCCUGGAGGAGGAGGAGAAGAGGGUACAGAAAGAAAGGGAGGACGAGGAGCUCAACAACCCCAUGAAGGUGCUGGAGAAUCGGACCAAGGACUCCAAGCUGGAGAUGGAGGUGCUAGAGAACCUGCAGGAGCUCAAGGACCUGAACCAACGCCAGGCCCACGUAGACUUUGAGGCCAUGUUGCGGCAGCACCGCCUGUCCGAGGAAGAGCGGCAAAAGCAGGAGCAGGAGGAGGAUGAGCAGGAGACCGCGGCCUUGUUGGAAGAAGCUAGAAAAAGAAGACUGCUGGAAGACUCUGACUCUGAAGAUGAUGCUAUUCCUCCCCCGCCCAAGCCUGCCCUACGGCCCAGCCCCACUGCCAUCCUGGAUGAGGCCCCAAAGGCCAAGAGGAGGGUGGAGAGCUGGGAGCAGAGCAUCGGCAGUCUGGGCAGGCCUCGGCUGUCUGGCCUGGUGGUGGUGAAGAAGACAAAGGCAGGUGCAGAUCAAAACACUGGGCAGGGCCAGGUGACAUCAGGCACCCUGCAGAGCAGGAAGGUAGCUGACCCUACGCCCUUACCACCUGCCACCUCCUCCCUGAGCCAGCUGGGUGUAUAUCUGGACAGUGAUGACAGCAAUGGCAGCAACUAAGCCAGGUCAAGGGUCACAAGACCAAAGAUUAGUUUCAGCCCAUCGAAGGCCGGAGUUGCUGGUAGUCAGGGCAGGUAGCCUUGGCACCGACCAGAUCCACAAGGGAUAAGCAGCAGCUUGGCAGGUCCAGCAAGCUCUUCAGCUAGGACUCAGUUUCCCUCCUACCCACACCAGCCCUGCAGCACCUUCUACGUCACCUGGCCCUGUGCUGAGGGCUGGGGCAUCCCUGGAGCAUCUCUCUUCUUCCAAUGUGAUUUCAAGGUCCUCUCUGGAACACUGUUGGACAUCUCGGUCACAUUUUAUUUUUAUUUUUUUUUUGCGGUUUUUGGCUGGGGCUGGGUUUGAACCCACCACCUCCAGUAUAUGGGGUUGGCGCCCACUCUUUUGAUCCACAGGCACCGCCCAUCUUGGUCACAUUUUGGGCAUGUGGGUAUACCCACUCACUACCAGCAGACUCCAUCCCUUCCCUCCAUAGAACUGUCUGGAACCAAUAAAAGGAAUCUGCCUAACUGGCCUGGAUGCCUUGUCCAUGCCAAUGUCUGAGGCGAGGGCCCUGUCACGCAGUUCAAGUGUUAUUCAAGAAGUUUUAUACUUGCCUCAGUAUGCACCAAGCCCAGGGGCUGGGCUUUUGCAGCAGUCCUUUGUGGCAGAGGUCAGCUCUUCCCUGCUGGUGAUAUUGGGCUUGGUCUCUGUUAUUGUGCUGCUCCAGAUAAUGUCAGGACAAACCUCCUUACAGGUGUUUCUUUAUGAAUGUGAGUGAAUACUGCUUCAGAACAGACACUGUGAAAUACAGGCUCAAAGGAAAUUUAUAUGGCUCACUU